AUGGCUGCUGAACUUGUGAUCGGGGCUUUUCUGUCUGCUUCAUUUGAUCUUUUGCUUGAGAAGAUCGCUUCUCCUUGUGUUGAGGAGUUAAUCUUCUUGACGGGAAAUAAAAGUAGUGUUUCUGAGAGGCUUUGCAAGUUGAAGUCCACGUUCAACUGUCUCACCGCAGUUCGCUUUGAAGUGGAGAACAAGAAAAUAAAAAAUCCUGGAGUGGAGAAUUGGCUGGACAAUCUUCUGGAUGCUGUUGAUAAGAAUGUUUCUGAGGUGAAACCGUCAGAAACGUUGUUGGUUAAGACUUCCCUAGUGGAUGAACAUGAAGUUUAUGGUAGAGAGAGUGACAAGGAUGCUUUAAUGAAGUUGUUGAUGAUAGAUGAUGUGGGUAGUCAAAAGAUAUGUGCGAUUCCCAUUUUGGGAAUGGGUGGGGUUGGUAAAACAACCCUUGCUCAAGCUCUUUUCAAUGAUGAACGAGUGAAGAACAUGUUUGAACAUAUGGCCUGGGUGAAUGUUUCUGAUAAAUUUGAUGCUGUGGCUAUGACAAAAAGCAUUCUUGAAGAAGUAGCUCAAGGUGGCACUUUCAGUAACAUGAAUUCGAAUUCGCUUCAGAAUAUUUUAGAUGAUGCUUGGGAAGAUAGUUAUGUUCGGUGGUCAGAAUUGAUGAAGCCUUUCAUCAAUGGGGCAAAAGGCAGCAAAAUAAUAGUGACAACAAGAAACAAAACAGUUGCAGAUAGCAUUCGAACUACUGAUGCACAUCACCUUGGAGAAUUGUCAGAAGAUGAGUGCUGGGGGCUAUUUGCAAAGCAUGCUUCUAGUGGAAAUCUUAGAAUGUUUAUUGAGAAUCCAAAAUUGGAAAGCAUAGGCAGAAAAGUUACUAAGAAAUGUAAAGGUUUGCCUUUAGCUGCUAAGGUUCUAGGAGGCCUCUUGAGAUCGACGUUGGAUGCUGAGAGAUGA